AAAGUAAGAAACAAAAUGACCAACUUAUUGUUCCUCCAAUUCCUCCUAUUAACCACUGCUUCAUCCUUAACUCACAUCUCUGCACAGACAGUUCCACCACCGCCGACAUCCGCCGCAACUCCACCGUCCCGCGCGGCGCAAGAAUUCUUGGAUGCACAUAACAAGGCAAGAAGUGAAGUGGGUGUAGACCCUUUGACCUGGAGUCCAAUGUUAGCCAAAGAAACUAGCCUUCUUGUUCGUUACCAAAGGGACAAACAAAAUUGCAGCUUUGCAAAUUUAAGUAAUGGCAAAUAUGGUGGCAAUCAAUUAUGGGCAAGUGGUACCGUGGUGAUCCCACGAAUGGCAGUCGAUUCUUGGGUUGCUGAGAAGAAAUUUUAUAACUAUGAAAAUAAUUCAUGUACAGGGGAUGAUAAGUGUGGAGUUUAUACACAAGUUGUUUGGAAGAAAUCGACAGAAUUGGGCUGUGCGCAAGCUACUUGUUCGAAAGGACCUGCUACUCUUACUGUAUGUUUUUAUAAUCCACCUGGAAAUGUAAUUGGGGAGAAACCUUAUUGAUGUGUGAUUUUAAAUGAUUUGUAAGGUAACUUUUGUGUUUUCAAGUUUGUAGCUUAUAAUAAAAAGUUACUCUGUUCAUUUGCUGCUA